AUGGACGCCGAAAGUCGAGAGACCCGCGGCCAUGAGCUCUUUGGACUGAACACCUUUUUCGGCAUCGCGGUUCUGCUCACAAUGCUGCUUCGUUGUUAUACACGUGCCGCAAUCAUCAAGGCGUUUGGACUGGAUGACUGGCUUAUGGUAUUGGCAACUGCCUUUUUUGGCGUCUACUGCUGCAUAUCGAACUCGGGCGUCUAUUACGGAACGGGGCAACACAUGGCAAACCUGAAAGAUGCCGAUAUUAAAAAAGCAAUGAUGUACUGGUGGUUCUGCUACCUCUUGUACAGCCUCACCAUGAUCAGCUCCAAGCUCUCCAUUGCUUGGUUUCUCCUCCGACUUACCGCCAGAAGGAUCCAGUCGUGGGUGAUUUACUGUGCCUCGCUACUAUCAGUGCUGGCAGGAAUCGUCUUCUUUUUUGUUUCACUCUUUCAGUGUAAACCGAUAUCAUUCUUUUGGGACAAAGAUCAGCCCGGAACUUGCAUCAAGGUCGACGUUAUCAUUGCGCUCGCAUAUCUAUACAGCGCUUUUAGCGUUAUCACAGACUUCACUUUCGCCCUUCUUCCUGGGUUCCUUAUCUGGAACCUCAAGCUCAACACGCGCACAAAGCUCGCUCUCAUCACCCUCAUUACGAUGGGCUGCGUUGCAAGCUCCGCCCUCCUUGUUCGUUUUGGGUACCUCAUGCGUUUUAGAGAUCCGGAUUUCCUAUGGGCUACCUUUGACAUUGCGAUCUGGUCCACGGUAGAGAUGGGUUUGGCCAUCACUGCAGGGAGUCUAGCAACACUGCGACCAUUAGCGAAGAUGUUGAGGUGGAAGCUCGGCCUUACCUCUCUCGCCUCUCGUGGGAACUCGACCAACCGAGGUGUGUACGGCGCAACUGGACCAUUAAAUCAGGUUCCUAGCAGGGUCGAGAAUUCCGGGCAAAGCGAUCAGAACGUCUACGUACUGUCUGAAUUCUCCCAGGACUCACAACACCUGGAGUCAGGGCUACCGAGACAUCUUGGAAUUCAAGCUACUGUGUGCGCUGACUUUCUACGAGGGAAACGGAUCUCCAGGGGAGUUCGGCCGCAGUCCGAUAAUGAGAGUCAAGAACAGUUACACAGACCGAGGCCGAAAGAGCCUUAUGCUGUGUUGAUUGUGGACUGCCCUGAACGUCGUGACAAAGGAGAUGAGGGGGGGUUUUAA